CAAGAUGGAGAUAUGAAUAUCCAAUGGACCCUCUUCUGUGUUUCCGCUAUGACAAUGACUCAAAUCGGUCACAUAAUUCUAAUUAGAUGAAGAAUAGAGCGUGCAAGUUGUUCAUGAUGACAGGUAAUUCACAAGAGAAAGGUUCUACGAAAACGACUUAUCACAUUGUUGUUCUGGGGGCAGAGGGAGUUGGGAAAACCGCUUUGGUAGUAAGGUACCUCACCAGGCGUUUUCUCUCUGAGUAUGCCAGUACCGAAGAGUCUACUUACAACCGUACCGUGAACGUGGACGAUAAAAACGUACAGAUCAAGAUUACCGACGUCAUUGGGAAGAGCGUCAAGCAGCCUUCGUACGUCCGUAGUAAAAUUCAAAAGAUAGAUGGCAUUGUUGUGGUGUAUUCGGUGACAGAUAGACGGAGUUAUGAGGCGGCACUCAAUUUGCUAGACUUGAUAAGACUUCAUGCCAGACCUGGUACUUCAACACCAACUAUUCUUGUAGGAAAUAAAGUAGAUCUGGAACACAUCAGGGAGGUAGAUGCAGAUGAUGCAGAGAAAGAUGCAAGCGAGUAUCCUGACUGUUUUCCAAUGGAGAGUUCCGCUGCUACGUUACCGGACGAGGCGGCAGUCAUCUUUGAAUCACUGUUGAAAAAGCUAAUUAACAAGAGAGACUCACUGAAAGUACCACGAAGGAAGGUUUCAGUUGUACUCCAGGGCUCGCCCAAACUGAUCCGUACACACAUAAAACGUAGACUAAGCAUGUUCAACAAAAGCAGGAAUGGUACACUGUAACUCUCCACAGAAAAAGAUAUUCAAAAGGGAAGACUUCGCGUGCAGAAGUCAUUGUAACUUUGUUACAGAAAUUUUUAACAGAGGAUUUCCCGAUUAGAUGCGAGCACUGUUCAGAAAUUCGUGAACAAAGUUAGAUGAAACUAGUAAAAUGAAUUCUCUUCUAA